AUGGCAAGAGAAAUCCCAAACGGCGCGUCGAUCGGCAUCAUCGCCAACCCCGCUGCCGGCCGCGACAUCAGGCGCCUCGUCGCCCAGGCAUCGGUGUUCCCGAUCGCCGAAAAGCGCAACAUGAUCACGCGCAUCUUCUCGGCCCUUGGCGCGGUCGGCGUCGGCACCUGCUACUUGAUCCCCGACGAGAGCGGCAUCGCCGCCCGGGUGAAGCGGGCAAUCGAGCUCGGCCCGCCCGAGGGCCAGGUCUGGCCCGAGGUGAAGUUUCUCGACAUGCCGAUCGAGGAAUCGCCUGCCGAUACGCUCGAGGCCACCGCCCGCAUGGUGGAGUUGGGCGUCGGCGGAAUCAUGGUGCUCGGCGGCGACGGCACCAACCGGCUGGUCGCCCAGGCCUGCGACGGCGUGCCGCUGACCUCGCUCUCCACAGGCACCAACAACGUCUUCCCCAUGAUGCGCGAAGCGACCAUCGCGGGCCUCGCGGCCGGGCUGGUGGCGACCGGCGCGCUAUCGCGUGACGAGGCGUCCCGCCGCAACAAGGUGCUCCGGGUGACGGUCAACGACGCACCGCGGGACAUUGCGCUCGUCGAUGUUUGCGUCAGCGGCGCGGCGUGGACCGGCGCGAAGGCGCUCUGGCGGGCCGACGCGCUCGACCAGCUGUUCGUGACCUUCGCCGAGGCCGAUGCCAUCGGCCUUUCCUCGAUUGCCGGCCUCGUGCGCCCGGUCUCGCGCGAUGCGCCGACCGGCGUCGCCCUCGAUCUGAGCGCGGUACCGGAGGCGGCGCGGACGGUUUCGGCACCGCUCGCGCCGGGGCUGAUGGCGGAUAUCGGGAUCGAGAGGGUGUUCGACCUGGAAGCCGGCGUGGCGCACCCGAUUCGGCUUCCACGCGGCAUGGUGGCGCUCGACGGCGAGCGUGAAAUCGCCUUCGGGCCCGAAGACCGGGUGGCGGUGGUGCUGGAGCCUGACGGGCCGAUUACCGUGGAGAUCCCCCGGGCGAUGGAGCUCGCAGCCCGGAGCGGACUGUUGGAACAGGCAGCGGCUGCGCGUCUACCCGCGUGA